AUGAACCAAGGGCCACCCGCACCGCAACAACAAGCGGGAUGGCCAACGUCACAUGGCGCGGUUGCGAAGCAGGGACAGCAGGCACCGCCCCAGCAGCCAUCGUGGGCAUCACCUCACGGCGGAAUACAGAAGCCACCGACGCCGUCAUCCAUGUCGCAGCAGCCGUCAUGGGCAGCACCGCCCCCCCCUCAACAGCAGCAGCAACAGCAGCAGCAGCAGCAGCAGCAGCAAGCACCGCCCCAGCAAGCGCAACAUCACCUGUCACUGCGAGACGACCGGGGGCCGUCGUCGAUGUACGGAGGACCAAGCGGGCACCAACACUCACACUCGAUGUCCGGCAGGUUCCCACCAACGUCUCGAGCACCAGAGACGAUGGCUCCGCAGGCUCCGCAGGCAUAUCCGCCGCGCUACGCCACGCCAGGACCGCGCGACCAGGCGCCGCCCCGAAGCUACACACCCGUCUCGGCUUACGAUGGCCGGGGUCCGCCUCAAUCUCAAUAUGCGCCUGACCCGCGUGACCUGCAGAUGCGACCAAACGACAUGGUGCGGGAUCACAGGGACCUUAGGGGUGAUCCCAGGGAUCCCCGCGAGGCGCAACAGCAGCAGCAGCAGCAGCAGCAGCAACAACAACAACAGCAGCAGAUGAUGGGUCGUCAGCUGCGGCCCCAUGAUGGCUACGAGAGGCAGCCGGACCGUUUUGGCCGGUAA